AGGUAUGAACUCUUAUCAGAAGAACAUCCCAAGCUUGCCAGUGCUUUGUUCAACUCAUUUCCCUUUUUUACCCCAUUGAUUCGUGAUGCAAGACAGUCUAGUUCCGCCCGGUUUCGUGCCGUCAACAUCCUUCUUGCUUAAAAAGGUAGAAACAGUUCAAGAUUCUCCUCUCCCUGUGGAAGAAUCCGAGAAGUGUUCAACCCUGUCUGAUUCCAUCCCGAGCGUCUUUAAUGCGGACUUGCAUAAACAAUAUGCUACGAAGAGUAGACCCUGGAUAGUAGAUGGCCACUCCGAGAAAGAGCUGAAAUAUGAUUCCGACGACGGUUUUGAGUGCUUGUAUUCGAGACCUUUUCUUCCUAGCGGAGUGGUUCGAGGAUGUCCAAGCUGUGCCGAUUGCCUAAAGGGCGUGCCCUAACUCCAUCUGCUAUGAAUUUCUUUUAUGCUUUUUAUAAAUAAUGAAGGUUGUUGCGAGGUGGCAUCCAGAAGAUUCAUACAUGCCUUUGCUUGAAGAAGCUCCUGUUUUCCACCCUACUGAAGAGGAGUUCAAAGACACGCUUAAUUAUGUAGCAAGCAUCCGUUCACGUGUAAAGGAACAUGGAAUAUGCCGUAUCGUUCCUCCUAAGUCCUGGCAACCCCCACCCUUAGUUGAAGAAAAGAAAACAUGGGAAACUUCUAAGUUUGUCACCCACAUCCAGCACAUUGAUGAACUUGGGGAUCUGUUUAUGAAGAAAAGGCUUCAUAGAGCUCAUUUGAAGAUGAGGCGUAAAAGGAAACGAAGUUCGAUUAAAAAUUUGAUUUUGGGAUCAUUCAAUGGAGCAAAUGUAGUGGAUUGCCAAUCUGACAUCUUUAGGUUUGAAUCUGGACCAGAAUUCACUCUCCAAAGCUUUAAGAAUUAUGCAGACGACUUUAAGAGCCAGUACUUCAGCAAGAGCAACAUCAACACUGAUCGAAGUGUCAGUUCACCUGCUUCAAGUAAGUCAUGGGAACCUUCUAUUCAGGAUAUAGAAGGGGAAUAUUGGCGAAUAGUCGAGAGUCCCAUUCAAAAACUUGAGGUGUUCCGUGCAGCUAAUCUUGAUGCUAGAGUCUUUAAAAGCGAAUUUACAGCCAAACGGAAUGGACUGAAGAUGCCCAAGAGUUCUGUCUAUACACAGUCAGGCUGGAACUUGAAAAAUACACCUGUGCUUCAAGGUUCCCUUCUUCGUUAUGAAACCUGUAGCACUUCCUCCAUUUUGGAUCCUCAGCUUGUCAUAGGAAUGUGCUUCUCAUCAAGUUUCUGGAAAAUUGAAGAGCACCACCUGUACUCUGUAUGUUACAUGCAUUUGGGUGCUCCACGAGUAUGGUAUGUCAUUCCUCAUCAGCAUCGCCCCAAGUUUGAGGAAAUUGUGAAGAAGCAGUUUCCAGAAUCAAUUAAACAUCCUUGGUCGCUUCUCAAUGUUGCCACUCAAAUUCCCCCCUCAACUUUGAUAUCAGAGGGUAUACCUGUUUAUCGUUGUGUACAAUAUCCAAAGGAGUUUGUUCUUAUUUUCCCUGGAUCGUACCACUCUCAACUUGAUUGUGGCUUUAACUGUUCUGAGGCUGUAAACUUUGCUCCAUAUGAUUGGUUGCCUCAUGGUCAAUUAGCUGUGGAACGAUAUAGUGAUUUCCAUAGAAAGACAUCAAUCUCUUAUGAUAAGCUGUUGCUUAAAGCUGCUGGGGAAGCUAUUAAGGCCCUGUGUGAACGUUUGUUUGUAAAUGACCCUUCUGAUCAUCUGCAAUGGACCUGCUUCUGCGGGAAGGAUGGGAUUUUGGCAAAAGCACUCAAGGCCCGAGUUAAGAGUGAAGAAGUGAGACAAAAGUAUCUGUGCAUUACUCUUCAAAAACAAGUAAUGGAGGAUGACGUUGACAUCAGCACCAAAAGAGAAUGCAUAGUAUGCUUCUAUGAUCUACAUCUUUCUGCGGUUGGGUGUUCGUGCUCACCUGACAAAUACACUUGCCUUCGUCAUGUCAAGCUGCUCUGUUCUUGUGAAUGGAGUUCAAGAUGUCUUUUUUAUCGGUAUGAUAUGAGUGAGUUGACUAUCAUGGUUGAAGCUCUGGAAGGGAAGCAAAGUGCAUUGUAUACCUGGGCAAAAGAAAAACUAAGAUUAAUUCUGCAGCCCCAUUUGUCUGAGGACCAGAGAAGUCCUGACUCUAGAGAUUAAAAGAUAAUGGUUUUUCGCUGUUUGAGUUCUAUAUCCAAGAGCUUUUGCAUACAAAAGUGGCACAAAUACAAACCUGAGUGAACUUAAGGGGAGAUGAGAAACAAAUCCAGAGCUUCAAGAGCUUUUCCCUAGUGAUGGUGGCCAUUAAUAUUGCAAGAUUUAUGUGCAUAAAUUUCUUGCAGGUCAGUGUUUGCCCAGUAGAUGGUUCACAUUCAGAGCCCAUUUGGUAGCGGUUUGGAUGAAAUUGAUACCUCUACCUUCAAGUGUACAUGCCAUUUCCUUUAAUUUACUUAAAUACGUAUGUUUAAAUAAUCUAGGGAAAUUCUAUAUGGUUCCCUUGUACACACAAUGCGCCCAAAUUUAGUAUGUUCUACCCUAAAUUUGUACUAACUAUAAGUUUCACAGUACAAAUUUGUUUUCUUUCUUAAUCUUCC